GCCAAUCCUCCACCCUGGCCCUUUUCCUUUCCUCCCCCCGGCCUGCCCUGCACGUUUCGUUUCGUCGCGAGCGUUUCCUUCUCGUGACUUCGUUCAAUUGCUUGCCUCGUUGUCCAGUAGGCCGGCCGAACCCAGCUUCAUUCCGACAGCAUUAAUAAAUCGCCUGGACUAUGUCGUUUGCGGGAGCAUAGCUGCAAGGGUGACGGACGGCCAUUGACCAGAUUUUCGCCCGCCAGCUUUUUAAUCACUUUUAUUUUUAUUUGAUUCUUUUUCGCAGGAACGACCUGCUGUAUCUAUUUUGCAUUGAUUCGUUCAAUUAUCGUUCCACAUAUCCAGCUCAUAGCAGCUAGACGUGCCUCCACCAUGGCCGCCAAUCAGUACGGCAGCCAGUCAAUCUUCAUCCCAAAUCGCUUCGAUGCGAAAGAACGAAACACUACAGAUGCCAAAAAUCUUGCACAUCGCAAUGACGCGCCUUUGGAAACGCCGCCGUCCCCGACGCUGACAAACCCGGACAUGAUCCUCCCUUUUGAGAACGAACGCGAGUCCUCAACACCAUCUCCCCCGUUUCGUUUCACUUCGUCGGAACAUGUAUCUCAGACCAACAACCAGUCUGCUGGCUAUCACGAACCUGAUUACAACAAUCGAGGCGACCCGAAUCUACAGCCGGGUGGGAUGGGUUCAAAUGGGAAUCGCCCUCCCCGUCUGAGAUGGACGUACGAAGGCCACGCUCCGAGUCGACCGCUGUCGGACAUUGGAGAGGAAGAUUUACAGGCGCUGUCUCCUGCUGUCGGAGGUACAUUUCCAAAAGAAGCGCGAGAUGUGCAUCACAAGGACGUGGACUCUUCUAGUGACGGCUCGGGUUCAACAAUUAGUGCAGGUGGCGGUCAAUUGGGAUGGAGCGCGCAAGACAAUCAGCAUCUUUCAGUCCAGCCAGAUUCUAAACGCAAUAGUUAUGCCAGUCAAAGCAGUAUAGAGGCUGCGCGGGCAAAAGCAAGCGACGCAUUAGUUUCAGGGGUUUCCCAACCCGAAGAGGACUCAUCUGCUAUCCUGAGCAGUGAGGCCGAGCGUAUAUUGGAGAAUGCAAAGAAAAGAUUAACUCUUAUGGAGGGAAAUCUCACCCGGGCACGCUCAUCGAUGCGCCUAACACCUUCCCCAUCUUCACUCCAGUUAUCACCUAGCCCCUCGGGAUCUUUACUGCCGACACGAGGCCUGCAACCAGCUGGAGAGCUGUAUCGAUCAAUAUCGCAAACUGAUCGUCGGAGCUCAAUGUAUCGAGCUCGCCCUGUCUACGCCACAGCACAAGAAUCAGGUCAUUCUAGGGGGCAUAGCGAAACAAACUUAUCAACAGCUCUUGAUCCCAGUGCCUCCUCAUUGCAACCUUCACGGUCACUAAGCGCGUUAGCUUCUUUUAGUGCAUCACAGUACGACAUCAAUGACAACUCACCUACUUCUGCAGGCGCGAACGGUAGUAGUCGACCAACAUCAGCGUAUUAUCAACCAAAAUUGGAUGCGCUCAGGGAAGAUGAUUCUCACAGAACAAGCCAUCAUGAAUCUGGAAGCGACUAUGAUAGCACCGCAGGGUUGGGGAUCUCAACGCGAAUGCCAAAAAUAUCCUCCAUUGAGGAUUUCAAUUCUGCUUAUCCAUCUGAAGAUCCCCCAUCUCGUGCGCAAUCACAGUUGCAAGUUCGCGAUCUUAAAGACCAGGCUGCAGGGCUCAGGACUAAGGUUGCAUUGCUGAAGGUCAAGACGCAAGAAGACAAUCUUCGACGUCGAAGUCUGCAGAGUCUACGCACUCCCAGUCCAUUUACAGCAGCCGAACAGUGGUAUAUCAGUGCGAUGGAACAUGAAGAUGCGAGCCCUAGUCUGAGUAACAAUGCAGGAUAUGGGUGGAUUUCGCACUCGGCAGCCGAUCAAGCGAAAGAUCGAAGUUCGAGCAACGAAAACGGCUACUCGUCAGGUGAUACAACAAAAGAGCCAUCAGAGGAAAUCUCUGAGAGACACCAAGAAAUGGAAGACGAUUUUGGAAUUGAAGACGACGCCCUGUCCAUUCUGGAGAGCACCUAUGAAGAUGCCGAAGAAGGUGAUUUUUAUGACGAGGAAAUAGACCGUGAUGCAUUGGAUAGGAUCUUGAAAGAGCCAUUUGAUGAAGACGGAGAAAAUGACGUCUUCCAAGAUUUCCCCUCUGGACCGGCACCCGAAGCAACGCCUCAUGAAGACCGUGAAGACGCGUUUGAUUACGAGAACUUUUACCUCCACAGUGCACUUGGAACCUACACGCGAUCAAGAAUGAAACGACGCAGCCACGAAUCUACAGGCUCAACCGAAACGACGAGACCUUCCAAAGAUCAAGGCUUUAAUAAACAUGGACGUAGUGGCAGCGGUGACUCAGUGUCUACUCUAGCGACUUUUGCAACAGCUACCGAAAAUGCAUACUCUGACUACGAAGACGAUGAGGAUAAUGAUGCUCAACAUGAAAUAGACCGAGCGCUUGCCUGGGACCGGGAAAAUGAAGAUGAUAUAGCCACUCCUGUCCAAAGCCGUAGAGCAACGGUAGUGAGCAGAUCCGACGACUCACGUAACCAGGCAGUCCACGGCAAUGGCAUGCUGACGCCCCCUGGAUCUGCGGCUCGCGACGUGCCUAGCCCUGCGACACCUGUCGAUGCCUUCAUGUCGUCGCUCUCAAGUUCAUCCUCUCGACCUCCCUCAAGCUUGAACUCCGAUGACACGCGUAUCCUUGAACAGAUAUUUGACAGCCUCGGCAGGGUCUGUACAGAACUGCAGGAACUCACCUUGCCCGACUCGGAUUCCAAGAGCGAUCCGAAGCACAUCCGCACGUUAAGGAGGAGACUCGACGCAGCUCGGCGUGUCCUCGAUGGCCAACUAGAUUGAAUGAAAGACAUCUUACGUUUUGUGGAUUUUGUUGACUUAGACACAAUUUUUACACUUUCUAUUCUGUCUCCAUUCUUUUGAUACCCAUUUCCCAUGAUUUUCUCUGUUUAACUGUGAAAUAUGCCGCACUACUUUAUAUACCCCCUUGCUAUAUAAGUCAUGAUGUUUCAAUUCAAUUCAGC